AUGAAAUCAAGAUCUUUAUCCACAAAUAAUGAUUCGGUUGAUAGUCCCACAAGUAGUGGACUCCAAGAUCAAUCAUUCAAUUAUUCUUUUAAUGAUACAACAUAUUCCAAAGAAUCUGAAUAUCUUAAUGAUUUGAAGAAGGAAAAGAAGGAGAAGCAGGAAAAACACAAUACAGCUAAUUUACUAUCAGGAAGUGCUGCUGGUGCCGAUUCCAUUUCAUCAAACCCACAGGAUAGGAAAAGUUUAAGAUAUUCAUCAACACCAGAAGAUGAAGAUUUGGUUUCAUUAUUUCUCAGUGCACUACAUGGAUUUGAUGCAAAUUCACUAGAGCUCACAUCUGAUUCAGCUAUUUGUUUAUCUUUUGAAAAAAAUGAUGUUGCUUUUGUCCAUUCUGUGGAUUCAAGCGGAUGGGGUGAAGUUACCAUGAUUAAAAAUUUCAAGAGAGGUUGGGUCCCUAUAAAUUAUUUUACAGAGUUGGUUAAACCAUCAGAUCAACCAUUACCAAGUGCUAAAUCCAAGAGUCCUUUGAAAUUGUUGUUAAUAUCUAGUGCAAAGUUUUUGAGAAGUCCUGCUGAAGAUGAUGGGAAAUCUGGUUUUUCAAUCAAUCAUAUUAAUGAUAUCAGAGAUGGUGUUAGAUAUCUCCUUGAGAAGACUGACUGUUUAUCAAGAUCAACUGAUAUAGUGAAGAAGAAACCAAUCAUACGAAGAAUUAGAAAAAGUUUAUUGGCAGAUUGGUAUUCAUUGAUGAUUAAGGCAGAUUCAUAUAAACAUUCAACAAGUGUUGUUCACCUUGAAACAUUGCAAUUGAUGGUGUUACAAGUUGUUAGAAAGUCUUUAGCAUUUUUGGAGAUUUGGGGGAUUGAAAAUGAUUUAUUACAAAAGGAAAACCAAGAACGUCAAUUGAAAGCUAAAGCUGAAAAGAAAAACAACAUUCCAUAUUUGGGUGAACAACCAUAUGCUAAAGAAAGACUAAAUGAGAUUCACAAUUUACUAUUCACUUAUAUUGGGUUGAUAUUGGGGAGAUUAGAUAUGAUUGAGCAUAAUCCAGCUGGCUGUCAAUUAUUGGAGAACUUGAUUCAUCAAAUGAUUUUAUUACUAAGAGAAAUCUUAUUCAUUAGUAAAUCCUCUGUUAUGAUUUUGAAUAAUAGAAGUACAAAAGUUGAAACUAAAGUUGAUGAUAAUUUGGAUACUUUGUUGUCAUUAGUUUCUGAAUUGGUUUCAAGUGUUAAAAUGUUUGUUACUAAGACAAUUCAUGAAGAUUAUGGAAGUUUAAAUCUCACGGUUAAAGAUGGGCUAUACUAUUACAGUCCUGAAGGUGAUGAUUUAAUCGGUAUUAUUUCAAGAAUGACAAGAUCCAUUUCUGCAUCUAUUGAAAAUUGUUAUAGGUACAUCACAUUGAUUGGUGAUUUUAGACUUGGUGAAGAGAAGAGAUUCCCAGAUUUCCAAGCAAUUAAAAUAACACCAGAUAGCUUCAUAAAGACUUGUUCAGAAGGGUUGUUGAAGACUUUAGAUAAAAGUAAAGUUGAUUUGAAAGAAUUGAAAAGAAGUAAUAUCAAGAGACAAUCAAGAUACUCAAUGGUUCGUUCCGGUUUGAAUAAUGAAAUGGGACUGACAAGUUCAGGGACAAAUUUGUUGCAAGAAUUUUUGCCAGAUUCAAAAUCAUUUAUCCGUAACUCAGUUUUUGAACCAUAUUUGAAUGAAUCAAAUGAAGAGAUUGAAAUUGAACAUGAUGCUAAAUCAGAAAUUGUUUAUGAUUCAAACGGUAAAUUAAUUGGUGCCUCGUUCAAAGGAUUGGUUUUCCUGCUCACUGAUGAAUUAAACAAACCUGACCAAUUUUUGAUUUCAAGUUUCUUUUUAACCUUUAAAUUAUAUGCUAAUGGUGUUGAAUUGAUUGAAGAAUUGAUUGGAAGAUUCAACAUUACAAAUAAGUUUGAUGCUUUUGAUGAUUACGAUGAGACUGGCGAAUAUUCUUCUUAUGAAUCAAGACUGAAAAAUAGAAGAAGAAUCAUUUGCAAGAUGUUUCAAAUUUGGCUUCAAAGUUAUUGGGAUUAUAGAAAUGAUUAUAACUUAUUACCAACUUUGAUCAAUUUCUUCAAUGAAGGUGUUUCACAAUUCUUACCUAUUGAAUCUAAGAAACUGAUUGAAUUAUGCUCCAAAUUAACUGGGCUAACUCCAAGUAAAAUCAAGGCUUCACCAACAGUUACAACCAUCACACCAAUUUUGGCACACUCUUCCAGCUCUGCAACCAUUGCAAAUGUUCCAUCAAUUGUUUCCAUUAAUGAUGAAUUAGAUAAUGAUGACUAUAUUUUUGAAGAGUAUGAAUUGGCCAAGAUGAAUACUUCAAACAGAAAUUCAAUGCUGUUACCAUUACCAAGCAUCAAUUUCAAUAACAAUUCAUUGUUGAGCAAAUCCCAAAUCCAUGAAAUUGAAAACUUGGUUCUACAAUAUAGAAGAUUCUUGGGGACAACUUUAUGGGAACAUAAUGACUAUACACAUUAUUAUCCUAUUGAUGUGAACUCAUUAUUUGAUAAAUGGUAUACUUCAUGCCAAACACCCUUUUCACAAGUUAUUGGUAUUGAUUAUAAUCUUGUUGAGUUGAAUUCAUUUGAAUUUGCUAAACAAUUGACAUUGAUUGAAUCAAGAAUAUUCUUAUCUAUGAAGUCUGAAGAAUUAUUGAGUGGUAAUUUUGCCUCAAAGAAAUCAAAGCUGAACUUAUCACCAAAUGUUUCAAGAUCGUUAUUAUUUACUAAUUUGUUGAGUGAAUAUGUUUUAGACUCUAUUUUAUUACCAGAAUUGCCAAUGAAGAAGCGUAUUUUGAGAUUUAAAAACUGGUUAAAUGUUGCAUUAUCUUCUUAUUAUUUGAAGAAUUUCAACUCAUUAGCUGCUAUUAUCAUUAGUUUACAAAACCAUAUCUUGUCAAGAUUGGAUGAAAUUUGGAUUGGAUUACCAGAUAAAUAUAAAAAUUUGUUCAAAGACUUGAUGAAGAUUAUUCAUCCAGAUAAUAACUACAAGGGCUAUAGAUAUAAAAUUUCCAAGAUAUUGGACGAAAAUGAAACCAAAUCACCAAUUCCAUUAGUUCCUUAUAUCAAUUUAUUUUUACAAGAUUUAACUUUUAUUGAUGAAGGUAAUAGAGAUUUCAGAAAUUCCAAUUCAUUUUUAAGAUCCAAAAUUAUUAAUAUUGACAAAUUUUUGAAAAUCUCCAAGAUUGUUUCAAAUAUGGAGUAUUUACAAGUUGGUUAUGAUAAUAUGGGUCCAACCAAAAAAUCCAAAAGAAAUUCAAUUUUCAGUUUCAAUUCAGGAAGCUCAUUAAAUGAUAAUGUUUCCCCAAUUUUACCAUUACAGGAGUUCAUUUUAUUAGAAUUUUGGAGAGUUCACCAAGCCAAUUUGAAACAUGAUGAUAGAUAUUGGGUUUUGAGUAAACAGAUUAAACCAUAA